UAAAUAGUACGGAAAUCGCGCCAGAAGUUAGCAUUCAACUUGAACAAUUCAACAUGUCUGGUCGUGGUAAAGGAGGAAAAGGUCUCGGCAAAGGUGGUGCCAAGCGUCAUCGCAAGAUAUUGCGUGAUAACAUUCAAGGCAUCACAAAGCCCGCUAUACGUCGUCUUGCUCGCCGAGGUGGUGUCAAGCGUAUCUCAGGGCUUAUCUACGAGGAGACUCGAGGCGUUCUGAAAGUCUUUUUGGAAAAUGUCAUUCGCGACGCUGUCACUUACACGGAGCACGCCAAGAGAAAGACUGUUACCGCCAUGGAUGUUGUCUACGCUUUAAAGAGGCAAGGACGCACUUUGUACGGAUUCGGCGGAUAAACAGUCCAUCAACCAAAACGGCUAUUUUCAUAGCCACAAAUCUGUUGAAAACGUUUUAUCUGGCAUGUACACGUGUAGGCAAAACCUAUAGAGGUUGUGAAUGUUUGUGAAAUUUAAA